AAAAGGAACAUAAAUACACAUUGUUUCUCUCGAUACGUGUCUGGCUUCUCCGUCUCCGCUGAACCUUCAUCUUCCCUUAUAUUCCCUCUCUCCUCACUCUCCUCGUGUUCCUCUUCCCUUUCUCUCCUCCUCCUCCUGCUCUUGUCCACACAUUUCUCUCUUUCUCUCUCUCUCUCUAGAUCUCUCUCCCCCUCUACAUGGCUCCAGCUUUUGAAGAUGAAACCGCAUCAGAGACCAACUUCUCAGAUGUUGAGCAGCUUCAUAAAUCUAAGGUCACCGUGGUGGGUAGUGGAAAUUGGGGCAGUGUGGCUGCAAAGCUCAUUGCCUCCAAUACUCUCAAGCUUAGCUCAUUCCAUGAUGAAGUAAGGAUGUGGGUGUUUGAGGAGAUAUUACCAAGCGGUGAGAAACUCUCAGAAGUCAUCAACCAAAACAAUGAAAAUGUUAAAUACCUUCCUGGUAUAAAGCUUGGCAAAAAUGUUGUUGCGGACCCAGACCUUGAACACGCAGUGAAGGAUGCAACCAUGUUGGUGUUUGUGACCCCACACCAAUUCAUGGAGGGUAUAUGCAAGAGGCUUGUUGGGAAGAUAAGGGGAGAUGCGGAGGCUAUUUCCCUCAUCAAAGGAAUGGAGGUCAAAAUGGAAGGCCCAUGCAUGAUCUCCACUCUCAUUACUGACUUGCUAGGAAUCAAUUGUUGUGUUCUAAUGGGUGCCAACAUUGCUAAUGAGAUCGCUGUGGAGAAGUUUAGUGAAGCAACAGUUGGAUACAGAGAGAACAGAGAUAUUGCAGAGAGAUGGGUUCGACUGUUUAGUACUCCAUAUUUCAUGGUUUCAGCUGUCCAGGAUGUGGAAGGCGUUGAACUAUGUGGAACCCUGAAGAAUGUUGUGGCCAUUGCAGCAGGUUUUGUGGAUGGGUUGGAGAUGGGAAAUAACACCAAGGCUGCAAUUAUGAGAAUUGGUCUAAGGGAGAUGAAGGCUUUCUCCAAGUUGCUGUUCUCAUCUGUUAGAGACAGUACCUUCUUUGAGAGCUGUGGCAUAGCUGAUCUCAUCACAACAUGCUUGGGAGGAAGAAACAGGAAAGUUGCAGAGGCUUUUGCAAGGAAUGGAGGGAAAAGGUCUUUCGAUGAGCUUGAAGCAGAGAUGUUGCAAGGUCAGAAGCUACAGGGUGUUUCGACAGCAAGAGAGGUUUAUGAGGUUUUAAGUCACCGUGGAUGGCUCGAACUAUUCCCGCUUUUCACUGCAGUGCAUGAAAUCAGCAUGGGGCGUCUUCCACCCUCGGCUAUAGUUGAAUAUAGUGAGCACACACCCAGACUCAACCUGUUGGAAGGCUCUGCUCAGUACUGUUGACUCUUCCAGGAAUAAACCAAUGUUUCCCUCCAUUCCAAAGAUAAAAGUAGUAGUUGUUUGUGAAACUAGCAUGAAACAUAAGACUCAACCGAAACUUUCAACUGUUAAUUCACAACUUUCUGCAAUAUGACAAACACAGUUACAAAUGCAGCAUGUAAGGACAAGGGAGGCUUCAGGCUUGUUCCCUCUGUAGAAGGAAGAUGAAAUUAACUCUUCUUAGAAGUUCCUGCA